AUGAAGAUUUUCCCUGUUUUCUUUGCCAUCCUUACCUCCAACUUCGUGGCUGCUGCGGCCACUCCUGCCGGCGCUGCCCCGGCUGCUGCUCCGGCUGCUUCCCCCGCUGCUUCCCCCGCUGCUUCCCCCAUCCCUGAUUUUUGCGACCAACAAAAGCAAGCAUGCCUUGCUGCUUGCAAUGGUCAAGUUUCUUCAAAGCUCAUCAUACUCACAAAAAUGUUUUAUUUCGUCUUCAUCCCCAACAGAAACGGCAAUCUUGCUCUGAGGACCAAGACGCAGGAGUAUGUCAGUGUAUCAAUGGGAGCAAAUAAGAAAAAUUUCAAAAUCACAUAA